AUGUCGACCCAGUCCAAGAUCGUACCGGCCCAGCUGACGCCCCUCGGUGCUGCAUUCGCCGGCGCGCUCGGGGCGUGCUUCAGCAAUGCCGUGGUCUACCCUCUAGACGUAGCAAAGACGCGUAUCCAGGCGACGUCGUCGAACGCGAAGGGCAAGCGGAAAGAUGAAAUGACAAUGCUAUCGGUCCUUGUCGACAUCCUGAACGAAGACGGCAUCUCGGGCUGGUACAGUGGCUUCGCCGCAACAAUGUUGAACACAUUCUCCAUGCAAUAUGCAUACUUCUUCUUCUACUCCUUUAUCCGCAAUGCAUACACAAAGCGACUUGCUGCGAAGCUCCCUCCAGGGUCCAAGCUGCCAGCCCUAUCCACCGCCGCAGAGCUCGGCCUCGGAGCCGUGGCAGGCGGACUCUCGCAGAUAUUCACCAUCCCUGUGUCUGUGAUCGCGACCCGCCAGCAAGUGGGCCGCCACGUGAAUGCGGGGGAGAGCGAGAAGAAGAAGGCCGAUAACUCCUUCCUUACCGUCGCCCGCGAGAUCAUUCGGGAGGAGGGCGUCACGGGUCUGUGGUUGGGCAUCAGGCCCGGCAUGGUGCUCACUGUCAACCCCGCAAUCACGUAUGGUGUAUACGAGCGCAUCAAGACAAUAAUGUUGCUCGCCCGGGCUAAAGUUGGCGCGGCUGAGCGCCUGGGACCGGGUAUGUCGUUCCUCCUCGGUGCACUCAGCAAGACCCUUGCUACGGUUGUCACGUACCCCUAUAUUAUGGCCAAAGUCCGGAUCCAAGCUCGCACGGCUGAUAGCGAUGCCGGCGACCGGAAUGAUCUCCCCGCCCCCACGGGGACACCCAAGUCGAAGCCGAAGCAGCUAGGUGCCCUCGGUCUCCUUGUCAACGUGUUGCGCAAGGAAGGCGUCUCAGGAUGGUAUCAGGGAAUGUCGGCCCAAAUCAUCAAGGCCGUGCUUUCACAAGCUUUGUUGUUCGCGUCAAAGGAGCAGUUUGAGAGCUGGGCACUCGCCCUUAUGGUAAUGUUUGCCCGUAUGACAACAGCGUCGUGAUACACCGCACGGCGCAAAGCCUCCUUAUUAGUGUAGGUCCAUGUUUUGGGCUGCAGUUGAGCGGUUAUUGUAUUGGCGCAUCUUGAGUUUGAUAGACGGAGGGGGAUGUACCUUAGAUAUACUUCCGC